CUUGCGCGCCGUCGUCGUCUGCUCCGCUUCCACCGUUUAUUUGUAUCAAUUACAUCUGUCGUAAUCUGUCAUUUUGUCACGAGACCCCGAGAGCACCGUUAUGUUCAACGGUGGAUAAGUGUAUCGAAUAGCACGAGUACUAAGGGAAGCAAGGAUGUUGUUGUACACAUUGAUCGGCGGCUACAUGCUGACCUCGGUGAUACUAUUCAAGUACCCCACCCUGCUGCACAAAAAGAAGAAGGUGAAGUUUUUGUGUCAGCACAUCAGCCAUCGGGGCGGUGCCGGCGAGAGCUAUGAAAACACGAUGUGCGCGUUCAAACGAGCAGUGGCUAUUGGAACACAAAUGUUGGAAUUAGAUUGUCACCUUACAAGAGAUGACGAAGUAAUAGUCUCUCAUGAUCAGAAUCUUUUACGUAGUACUGGUAUAGAUAAGAAUAUCGCUGAAUUGGAUUACAAAGAUUUACCGCUCUUAAAGCAAUGUUUACCAAUUGAUUUUGAUCCAGAUGUGGAAUAUGUUGGUUCGGCGAAGGAAGAGGAUCGACGAUUUGCAUUGUUACGAGAAGUCUUUGAGGCAUUCCCCAAUAUCCCCAUUAACAUUGAUAUUAAGAUCAAUAACGAUCGGCUCAUAUCGAAAGUUUCCGAUCUUAUAAAGGAAUUCAAUAGAGAAGAAUAUACAGUUUGGGGGAACUUUAGUGAUGAAGUCACACAGAAAUGUUAUAAAAUGAAUCCAAAUGUAAAUUUACUAUUUUCAAUGCAACGAGUAGCAAUGUUGAUACUUCUUAUGUAUACUGGCUUGUUACCAUUCGUACCAUUAAAGGAAACACACCUUGAAAUUUUCUUACCUUCAAUUUAUUUACGAAGAAAAGGAGGUCCGAGUCCAACAUUUUUACCAUUGGAAAAGUUGGUAGUACGUACGAUUAAUGUAUUAUUAGUGAGGCCGUGUUUAUUUAAUCAUUUAAGAGCACGAGGUAUACAUGUCUAUUUUUGGGUCUUGAAUAAAGAUGAAGAAUUCGAAAGAGCAUUUAAUCUGGGAGCAACUGGCGUAAUGACAGAUUAUCCAACAAGAUUAAAAUUAUUUUUAAAGAAACGUACACUAGAAUGAACCGAAUAGAUUUCCAAAUAAUCACAGAUAACACAAACUACUGAAAAAAUUUGCGGAGUUAUUUAUAUCUGGGGAAAGAUAUCUGCCAUGAUAAGCCAGAAGAUAUAUAAGAAUAAACAAAGUAGUAUAUUUUUUAUAAGCAAAGCAAAACUAUUUGCUUAUGUUCUGUGUAUAAAUGCCAAUUUUGCCACAAUUAUGACAGUUCGUACAAAUUAAUUCAUUAGCGAAAUUGCGUAUACAAUAUGCAUUGUAUACGCUGCACACAAUAGUUUAUUGUAUUAUUAUUACAUUAUAAUGCGGGUAUCCAUUCAUGGAAUAAGAUUGCUCUGGCCUCGUAAAUUUUCCAAUUAUUCAUCUUCAUUUUUUGCUUUAUCGAAAAAUAUAGGAUGUCCUGAAAUUCGGAAAUCAAAAUACCAUAGCAAGAAAAUUUUUGAAAAGAAUAAGUUAAAAAAGUAUUAUCAUUUUUCGUAGU